GUAACAAUGCAGAUUGUCGCCAGGUAAAUCCUGCUAGCAUCCUUUGAAGCUAGCAUCCAAUUUGGCAUUCCUCAGCUGAGUUCCGCCAGGGUCGCUCUUUACCACCGUGCUUUCCGUUUAAUAGAAUUCAAAGGGCGCUCAGUUAGACGUGUCCGUGUACCCCAGCAGACCGGUGCAUCAGCUGCAUUGUUGGUUAAAUGGAGCGGUGAUGGGAUUAGCAGAUAAAAUAGCGCUACUGUUGGCUGUUUUGAUUGACGAUUCAGAGUUUCCGCUGACAAACAUGAAGACGGUAACGCCGUUCGAGUGAACCCCUCCACCAAACUUUCCGCCAGCUUGGAUGACCUAUGCUUCUUUUUAUUAAGUCGUCUUAUUCAUUUUUAACGUCAUUCCGCUGAAGGUACGAUGUCGCACUGGCUUGCAGACGCCUUACAUGUGACUGCUAAAACAAUGAGGCUGAGAAUGCGUAAGGCGUCUCAGCAACCGAACCCCACUCUGGCAAGCCGCCCAUCCCGAACCAAGCGGAGGCAUUCAGAAGUAGAAGAGGACACUCCUACUACUGGGAGAGGAUUGUUCUCCACCAUCAAGAAGUUCAUCAGAGGAAAUGCUGUAAAGGUUCAGGAGGAAACCCCAGCAAAGAAGACACGCCUCCACUGUGAUGUGGACAACAACCUGAUCACCUCUACACCCACAGACCCCAACGCACCCAGGAGGAAUAUAAGCAGAGUUGGCAGGAGAGGAUCCGUCAAUGGACAGGCAACCAAUCACGACAGGAGUAAAGAGAAGCCCAAUGGUAGUCUGGAGGAGACGACAGCCGUUGAGGUGACCACCAGCCCUCCCAGAACGACCCUUCUCGGGACCAUCUUCUCCCCCGUUUUCAACUUCUUCUCACCAGCUAAGAAUGCCUCUUCUGGCUCGGACUCUCCAGACCAAGCAUUAGAGGCUGAGGAGAUAGUCAAGCAGCUGGACAUUGAGCAAGCUGUGGAGACACCUACCAGCACUGCUACAUCUACGCAGGAACUGUGCGUCACCACCAACUACUACUCGAGCGUCUCACAGCUCCCACCUCUGCGACCGCCACACAUCCUCGAGGCUUCUCCCACAACUGAAGAAGGAGAGCUGGAUACGGAUGCUGACCUCCCCCCUCUCACAGCUCCUGGCACCAGUCCAGAUAUGGCACAUGUGGACACCCUUCCAGCUACAGUACCACCAGAGGCAUCCUACGAGGAAGACUGGGAAGUGUUUGACCCGUACUUCUUCAUUAAGCACGUCCCUCCACUGACAGAGGAGCAGCUCACUCGUAAGCCAGCCCUUCCCCUGAAGACGCGCAGCACACCUGAAUUCUCUCUGGUCCUAGACCUGGAUGAAACUCUGGUGCACUGCAGUUUAAAUGAGCUGGAGGAUGCAGCACUUACCUUCCCUGUCCUCUUUCAGGAUGUCAUUUAUCAGGUGUAUGUGCGCCUGAGGCCAUUCUUUAGAGAGUUUCUGGAACGCAUGUCUCAAAUAUAUGAGAUCAUCCUCUUUACAGCCUCUAAAAAGGUGUAUGCAGACAAACUGCUCAACAUCUUGGAUCCUAAAAAGCAGCUUGUGAGGCACAGGUUGUUUCGUGAGCAUUGUGUCUGUGUCCAGGGAAACUACAUCAAGGAUCUCAACAUUUUGGGAAGAGAUCUCUCAAAGACCAUCAUUAUUGACAAUUCACCACAAGCCUUUGCAUAUCAGUUGUCCAAUGGGAUUCCCAUAGAGAGCUGGUUCAUGGACAAGAAUGACAAUGAGCUUUUGAAGCUGGUGCCCUUCCUUGAGAAGUUGGUUGAGAUGAAUGAGGAUGUGCGGCCGCACGUUCGGGAACGGUUCCGGCUUCACGACCUUUUACCCCCCGAUUGAAGCCAACCACAAACUCUCGAAAUGGGGACAACAUGAAAAGACUGAGAACAACACGUGCGUGUAAAAAGCCUCUCUUUGGAUUACAAACUACAACAUUGCCAUUACUUUAAAAAAAAAUAAAAUUAGCCUUUUUUUUGGUUUUGUUUUUAAAUUCACCAUUGCUUUAACAAGAAAAAAAGAGAAAACUUCAAAAGAAAACCUUUUUAAAAAAUCUGGGUGAGAUUUUCUAAAAAUCGUAAGCGCAUAGAUGAAAUUACACACACUAUGGACAAGCCCAGGUCGUCGACACUUUUUAAGCGACUCUUCAGCUGUGGAGCCAGAUAUCAGCUCCACACUAAAUUCUGAAGUCUUGGUGCUGGUUUAGUGGAUAUGAAAACACCACCUGGUAAAGAGGAACUCCACCUUGCCCGACCGCAGUCCAACCCUCUGGUGCUCACGCUGUCAGUACUGACGAUACGACACUCUGUGGCUACAGACCAUUUUUAACAGGAGUGACUGGCCUGUAAAUCAAUCUGUGCAUGUGUGUAUGUUUACUCCUAGCCACACACACUCACUGAUUCGGUGUAUGGGCAAGCCUACAAACUGUAGCCUUGAAAAUCAUAUGCAUUCCUCUGUAGCUUCGUCAACUUUCUGUUGUUGGUUGCAGUUGUUUUUUUUUUGUUGUUGUUUUUCUGGUAAAACUGGUGUUUUGUUUUUAAAGAUGGGGUUUUAAAAGAAAAAUUUCAUUUCUGUUUGUAAGAUACGAGAUUUUAAAAGGGUCAUGUAAGUUUCAUUGUUAACCAUUUCCCCAUAUAGGAGAACCUGUAAAUGACAGUCCGCUGCAUAGUCAAAUAAAAUGGAAUGAAUCCAGGACUUUAUAGCUUGUUCUCAUUCUGAGGUUUAAAUGAAUGUGUUGGCUUCACAUGUGGACACAACAUGGCUCUUUGAUUUAAAUGUUAAGGAUCUUUUUACCUGUAAAUCUGAUACAUUGUAAUGAUUUAAGGGCAUUCAUUCUCAAAGUGAUGUGUCACCGUUAACUCCUCGUUUUUAAUAGCAGUUCGUCAUUCGUGUGUAAUCAGUAUUGUCUCCGGCUCCUGAGCAAGUAUUCUCGCUAAAACCUCGAUCGGUUUCUUUUAAUUGUCACGUGUGACUUGAUGGCUAUAUCAGUAGCAUUAUGACUAAUGUAGCGCACCUCUGCCAGUGUGUCAUAAAGUCUACCUGUGGCAGAAGUCAAUGGCCAGACCGUGUACCAGCUAUACCUGGCACCAGCAGCAUACUGUUACUGUCAGCUUCACCGUCUGCCCCUUUGCCUGUUUCACAUGUUUUUCGUAGUAUUUUUAAGCGUUUGUUCUUUGUGUUUAGCCGUUAAAAGGAUUGGUUAAGAAUGGUAACUAAAUGAAUGUGUUUUUGGUUUUGUUUUUUUGCCCAACUGACUCUCAAGCCAAUCUGAUGUU